GAAGUUGGAGGGAGAGGGGGGGGAAAUAGGCGUCGGGAGCAACAUGGCGGCCGGCGUAGAGUGAAAUUGUAUGAGGUUCAGGGGAUCUAACUCGGAGCGUGUGUCUUAUUGAUGCCAUGGCAUUAGAUGUGCACUUCACAGCGUUUAAGGAGUUCAGUCCCUUAUCUUACCUACUUAAUGCUAUCCCAACAAAAGUACAGAAGGGGUUUAGAAAUGUUCUCGUCCAUCUCACAGCACUUGAUGCCAAUAAAGACUACAUUGCAGUGGGCAGUAAUAUCGGUAUGCUUUAUCUCUACUGCAGACGGCUGAACAAGAUGACAAAAUAUAAUCUAGAGGGUAAAACUGAUACUAUUAGAGUAGUGAAAUUGUUGGCUUGUUUUGAUGACCUUGUUGCUGUUGGAACAUCUUCAGGAAGGGUAGUACUUUUCCAGCUCGUUUCCCCAUUGCCUGGAAGAAACAAGCAGUUGCGUCGAUUUGAUGUGUGUAUUCACAAAAGUAAUAUUACAGCACUAGCUUGGAGCACUAAUGGAAUGAAACUGUUCUCUGGGGAUGAUCAAGGCAAAGUAGUGUAUGCUGCUGUGGAUUUGGACCAGGGUGUUUGUAGUCCCAGAGUGAUAUUGGAAGAGUCAUCUCCUAUAGUACAGUUAGACUACACUCAAAAAGUACUACUGGUUUCAACUUACUUGCGUUCUGUUCUUAUAUAUACUGAGCAGAACAUUAUCAAACAGGUUGGAACCCAGCCAAGGAAAAGUGCUGGCAGAUUUGGAGCCUGUUUCCUACCAGGACUCUGUAAACAAACUAAUGUGAAUUUAUAUGCUUCAAGACCUGGACUUCGACUGUGGAAAUCAGAUGUCCAAGGGGUUGUUCAGUCAACACUCCUUUUAAAAAGUGUAUUUACUUGUGGUGUGAAGCCAUUUGAACUGUUACCUCGAGCGAGUUUGUCAGCUGCAAGUAAAGUUGUUAUUAAACCAACUGAGAGAAACUUUGGGCUGUUGAAGUGCUUUCUGCACGAAGGAUGGGUGCUGAGCUGGAAUAAGACCAGUAUUUAUGUCUUGGAUGCAGUUAAUCAGGCUCUGAUUGCUGGACUUGAAGGGCUCAGUGGCAUUGUGUCUGUUUCCUGUACAGAAGAUGAAAUUUUCAUGUUGACUGAUGACCGUGAUAUAAUUCGAAUUUCCAGCAAACCAGAAUGUUUCAAGUUAAUGGGUGUGCAUUCACAAUUAAACUCCCCGCUGGCAGUCAGCCCCAGGGAAUCCGUUCAAGAAACAGUGAUUGCAACAGACUCAAAAGAAAUGCGAAGUGAAAAUAAAACUUCAGGAACUGAUAAGUUUGAAGCACAUCAUUCGUUGUCUUCAGAACUUGAGCCAAAUUUGAGUUCAAAAAACGAAAUGGAAAUAUAUCCCUUGGACGAGACAGGACAAGGAAGAUAUUCGGAAACAAGUGAGUCGAGGAGCAGAAGCAGUUCUACAAACAGUGGUAUUAGUGUUUUUGGCCAUGUAACAACUCCAGAACAGCAGAUAGAAGCAAUUUCCUCACCUGUGGGAUUAACAAAGAUUUCAGAUUCUGCAGAAAGAUUCAGAGCAAUGAACAUGGAAGAAUUCAACCAACAGCUCAUUGUUGUUCCUGUAAAAAAGAAGAAGAAACGGAAACAAGCAAGUUCUGGAUCAGAAGGCAGUCUUGUAAAACAUGAAAUUGACUGUUCCAAUAGCUCCCAAAGUUCAGAGCCAGCACUUUUGAGUGAUUUUGCUAUUGAUGGCUCCAUAACUACAACUUGUGACUUAUCUGAUCAAAUGAGUUUGUUGAGCAGCAGCCUGGAUCACUUGACCACUGAUUUUUCUGAUCAAGGGAACCAGAUUGGUACAGAAUUGGAUAUUAUUUUGCAAGAGGAGAAUAAUUCUAACCUUUUUGACUCCAUACAAUCUCCUGAAUGCAUAUUAACAUCACAGGAUGAUCAUCCCCCAUUGGACAGUUUAGCAGAAUCUUUGAAGACAGCAAGUACAAUGAAUGAAAAUACAUAUUCAUCUGAUCUACUUUUUGCAGAAUGUUUAGACACUGUAACUUCUGUCAAAUUGGAAACUUUAGACAGUUCCUGCAAUAAAAAUGAAGACUGCAGAGCUGAGGUUUCAGUAUCAAGUUCUGAACCAGUACUUAGACAGCAAGAAAAUUUAGGUAGCACCAUGUUUGAUGUGAUUUGCAACUGUGAACCUUUGGAGUUAAGAUCUCAAGAUACAGAAAAAUCUGUGUUGUCUGGUGGCCUAAAUUUGCAAGGAUCUUUAAGUGAAAGCUCAGAGUCUUUCUUGGAUGAGCGACAUGCACUACUGAUGAGAAUUCUUUCACCUGACAAAGAUCACAAGAAACAAGAAACCAAUGCAUUUUCACAGUUAUGUGUGUCAUACAAUGAACCCAAUUUAUCAGACACAACUGAAACUCCACAAUCUUUAGAAACUGUUUGUUCAUUUGAUGAUGGUGUCACUGAAAAAAAGAAUGUCCAAGAACAACUUUCAUCAUCCAGUGAUGAUGAUGAGGAUAUUUAUGGCCAUGGAGGACCUCAUUUAUUAUCCGAAACCAACGUGACUGAACGUAUUCUCACUUCCGAUGCUGAAAAAUCACAAGGUUCAGUUUUUCAAGAUCUGAAUACUUCUGUUUCAGAUGAAAUGGAGCUUUUAAAAUCCGAUCAGUUUGCUGAGAGCUGGAUGGGUUACACUGGCCCAGGUUAUAGCAUCCUCAGCCUUGUAGUCUCCGAGAAGCAUGUCUGGUGUUUAGAUUACAAGGGUGGACUAUACUGUAGCCCUUUUCAUGGUACGAGUUUGCGGUGGCAGAAAUUUGAGGAUGGUGUGCAACAGGUGGCAGUAUCACCAUCAGGUGUGCUGUUGUGGAAGAUUGAACAAAAAUCAAGCAAAGCUUUUGCCUGUGGUAAAGUGACAAUGAAAGGGAAGAGACAUUGGUAUGAGGCUUUACCAAAUGCUGCAUAUGUUGCUUUAAGUGAUGACACUGCAUGGAUCAUCCAAACCAAUGGAGAACUCUUUCUACAAACAGGUCUUAGCGCCGAUCGACCUUGUGCGAGAGCAGUGAAGGUGGAAUGCCCUUAUCCAUUAGUGCAAAUUGCUUCCAGGAAUAAUGUGGUAUGGGCAUUGACAGAACAGCGAACCGCUCUCUUUAGGAAUGGCAUAAGCAGUUUUUGUCCAGAGGGUGAACAUUGGAUUUCUGAUAUUAUAAGUGAAAGGCAGAUGUUAGAGUUGGUGUGUAUAGCAUUGGGAGACCAGCAAACAGUCUGGGCUUUGGACACAAAUGGCAACCUCUGGUUUCGCACUGGCAUCUCUUCAAGGAAGCCGCAAGGUGAAGAUGAGCACUGGUGGCAGGUGAGCAUAACGGAUUAUGUGGUCUUCGAUCAGUGCAACAUCUUCCAAACAAUAAUCCAUGCAACACAUACUGUUGCCACAGUUGCUCACGCUCCAGUAGAAAAAGUAGCAGACAAGCUGCGAGGUGCCUUAUGGUCGCAACAGCCUCCACCUCAGCCAAGUCUCAUCAGUGUUAACAGCAGUGGUGUGUGGAUUACCUCAGGGAAAAAUGAGUUGCAUGUGGCAAAGGGAAAUCUAUUAGCAACAUAUUGGAAGACAGUUGUGCCUCGAGGGACUGUAUCAGCUACAAAGUGGGCUUUUGUCCUAGCUUCCAUGGCGCCUACUAAAAAAGGAAGUUUUCUGUGGCUGGGACAAAGCAACAAGGACCUCUUCUGCAUCAGUGACCAAAAUCCUGAGUUUCGGCCCUCGACUGUACAGUUACCGCCUGAUGUAGAGAUGGUACAGGUUUCUGCCAGCCAUGAUGCAGUAUGGGGUCUGGACUUACAGGGUAAAAUUCAUAUUAGGACAUUGUCAGAAAACUGUCCAAGUGGGAUGCACUGGACCAAACUGGAUCUUACACAGUUAGGAAGUAUAAAACUAUCAAGCUUAGCAUGUGGAGGGCAGCACGUAUGGGCUUGUGAUGUUGAUGGAAGUAUUUACUUCCGGAUGGGGACACAGCCAUUGAACCCCAGCAUGAUGCUUCCUGCUUGGAUAACCAUUGAGCCACCAGAACAGCCAUUAGGAACACAACUGAUCAACAUUUAUUCCAGCCCCAAUGACCAGAUGGUUUGGGCAGUUGAUAAUCGGGGCAACGUGCAUGUGCGACUUGGAAUAACAGAGGCAAUGCCUGUAGGCACUGAUUGGGAACAUGUGCCAGGUUUACAGGCAAGUCAAUUAGGUGUGAGCUAUAGAACAGUGUGGGUACGUUGUUCUAAUGGAGAUGUAGCACGUCGUUAUGGAAUAACUAACAAAAACCCAGCAGGCGAUUAUUGGAAAAAGAUUCCUGGUAAUGUGAUUUGCUUGACAGGUAAGUUACACCUCAAGAUGAACUGUGGGCUAUUAGCACUGGAGGCUCGCUUCUUCAACGACUUACCAAGAAUUUUAAUCACACUGAUGCACUAAUUAAUCCUAACCGUAUUGCUCUUUUGGGUCAAUCUGAGGACUUUGAUGAUGAAUGGGAGGUCAUCUGAAAGUGAAAGAAAGUGCAGCAUUUCUUAGAUCAUGUAAUCAAGCCAUGAAUAUUAUCUUACCUUUAAUUUACUGCAGAUUCUUAAUCCCAUUAGGGUUAACAAUUGCAUUCAGAUAAACAUUUUGUACAAAUUUCUUUUGUGGUUACAGUAUAAAUGUAGCUAAUGCAUCUUUUGUGACUCUGCUAGUAUUGGAAUACAAACAGGUAUGUCAUUCAGCAAAGAAGCUAAAGGAUUUGAAAUGCUACCUUCUAACUGAUAGCUGUUGUCUGAGUAUGUUUUUACUACAGAAACCACAUUUGGACUGGUUUUCUGUUACCAUUCACUUACCAUGUAGCAAUCCGUGUAUCAAUCUCCGAAUUGCAGAUUUUGUGUCGAUAUUUGAGAUACCCACAUACCAACUGUUUUGUUAAUUUAUGUACACUGGACAUUAAACACAUCAGGUACAACAAACUUGUAAAGCCAAUAGCAUUAAGAGCAGAAGAAUGCUCAUUUUAUUGUUUGAGAAGAAUGAUUUGUGGCUAUAGUUAGGUUAUUGACCUUUUCCUGUUGUUACCACUUCCUGCUUCAGCUAGGAACAGAAAUAUCCUUGAAUGAGUAAUGUCACUGCUUACACACACCCAUAAAUGAUAAAAAAAAGUAUAUUUUUUGCAGUGGUGGAAUGGUGUUAUCGGAGAUUUAACCACAUUCAAAGCAACAUGGUGGCCAAUUUGACUGGUGAAUGCCACCAAUAUUUAAUUUCAGUGGAAGUUGAGAUUCAAACUAAUCUUUAAUUCCUGUGACUGGAGGAAUCUCCAGCUUAAAAAUGCUUCAGAAAAUAUAUAAUAUUGUAUAAUAGUAUAAAGUGAGCCCGAAAUGGUUUUUGUUUUAGUGUAUUAUUAUUUAUUGCCAAUUAUUGUAGAUUUGUCUGAAAGUCUUCAUUAAUAUGAAUUGUAGGUGACUAAGCAGAGCAUUACCAAAAUAUGCAUCUAUCUUAAAGCCUUGUGGAUGCAAGUUUUACAUAGUUUAGAAUUUAUUAUCAGCUGAUUGUACUACCUUCCAAAUAAAAGCCUUACUAAUAUCUUGUUAACUGUAAAUAGUAUAUGUGCACAACUGCAAUUGUAAUUUCAAGUUCGAUUGCUAUUUAGCAAUUUUUUUAUUCCCUUUAACAACUGACAAGUUUUUUCUAAUCAAAUAUAACCAAAUGUCAUUAGUGAUGCAUUUGUGUGGAGGAAAGGACAAUGUUUACACUUGCCAGAUAUAUUAAUCAGACUGUUGUAUAUAGAUUACAUAAAGCUUUGAGUCGAUUCUGGAAGUUUAGUCUGUUGGAUUUUGCACUUUGAGCUUUUCUAAAGGAUAUCUUGUGAAAAUCAGAUACUCCAGAACUUGUGGUAACUUAGCUGUCAGAAAGUAAUGGAUUUUAUUAAUUGUACAGUAUAUUGUGUUCUUAUUAGGGUGAAGUGAUGACUAGCUUUAUUAGUUUAGAUCCAGGAGUCCAUGAAUGACAAUUAAUUUUCUUCUGUGUAAACAACUGAAAAUGGGAAAUGAAAAUAGUUUCACCCAAUGGAAGGUCAUAUAUCCCAGUAACAAAUUUUUGUUUAAAAAGUUAACUGUAGCUUUAGCAAUUAGUUAUCUGAAUAUUGGUAGCACAUUGUGAAACAUAAACUUUAUUAUGAAAUCAUUUUGUUGGUCUAUCAACUUAAAUCCUUUAAUCUACUAAUGGGAUGAUAUGUAGAGAUACAUGGCAAUUCCAGCUAAUGAGCUGAAAAAUUAAAUAUGAUUUUAAAAAAAAAUCAAGAAACGGGCGAUGCAGUGCAAAUCCAGACAGCCCAGUCUCCUGGUCUUUGAAUUCAUCCCAAACAAAUAAUAAGGUUUUUUUUUGAAACCAACCGUAAAGGUGCAUCUUGAAAUUAGCUUCUAUAGUGUCAUAUCCGCUCAUAGUGUUUACAGUUCUGCAGCAAAAAUCUGUAUAAUUGAGCAAAACCUUCUGCAUCACAAACUGACAAUAUUCAUUGUGGGGAAGUAGAAAUCUUCAUUUGAUCCCAUUGAAGGUGCUCUGUCCUGUGAAUAAUAGUUGAUCAUGAAGCUCACGUGCUACAAGUGGAAGUAUUCCACUGCACAAGGUGUCAUCCCUGAGUUUGUUACACAGAAAACAAUAUAAAUGUAAUGUGAAAUGAGAGAUAUUGAAUUCUCACUUUCCCUUUUCUAAAUGCGAUAGUGAAAUUAGUGUAAAAGUCUUGACAGAUGUCAAGAAAAUAGUUUGCAAAUGUAAACAACUACUAACUUGUUUAGACAAACAUAGUUUACUAUUUUGUUUAUAAAAGUAAGCAAUUUAAUUUGCUUUUCUUAAGAAGUUGAAUCACUUAAUAUAGUUUUCACUUUUUGAACAAAUGCCUAAUAAUUGUUACCCUUUCAGUGUUUUUAAUUUUAAAAUGUUUUAAGCUGUUUAAUAAACAUGCCUCAGUAGUAAUACAUGGAGUUGAAUUCAGUGUGACUGUUACACCCAGUGAUGGGUAUGGGUACUUGUUUGAGUAACUAACUUUAAUAUUUUCAAAGGAAUGCAUGCAUAUAUGUGACAUUGCAGCUUAGCUUGCUUGUGGCCUUUUUGAUGUCAAUCAAAACUUUGAGAGUCUGGAAAGAUUAAAGUGUAAAUCAUACAUUAAUUGAACAGUAAAUUGAAAGACUGUUAGCUGACUGUAUGAAUUUACUGGAAAGAGCUCUGGUAGUAUUCAAGCUACAUUGUAUCCAGAAGAAUAUUACAUGCAUGCUCCUGUAUUGUGUAUUUAACUAUUUAUGAUAGGUUUCUAAUGAUACCUAACAAAACUUAUUAAAAAUGUUUAUAGUGUUUCACAUUGUGCAUCAAAGCUGGUACUAUUGCUUUAAUAUUCCCUGUAUAUGAUUGCAUACCCUUUAGCAAAAAUGGAAUAAAGAUACUAAAAAACUUU